AUGGGGUCGUUAGCCAGAAGGCGGUGCCUCGCCUGGCUCCUCCACGCCAGUGAAACCGCACCUGUUGCUUCCAGACUUCCCUUUGCACUUCCCAAGAAUCAGCUCAUACGCGUAAUAAGCAAUUCCGUCAACUCUCCCUGCUCCAACUCCUCCAACACGAAACACGUCCUCAGAAUUGCCGAUACCUGCAAGACUUUCGAGAACUCCAGGUCGCGUUCGCCAGCUGCCUCUGUGCUGGCAGCGGUGGUUACCAGUGGACCUACCGGUGACACGGGCAGGGCGGGUGUCCGGAGCCUUCACCCUUCCCCGCAUGUGAGGGUGUUUCAUGCCUCUGCGCUGGCAGCAGUGGUUACAGGCGGUGCAACUGGGGGUGACACAGGCAAGGCGGGUGUGGGGGGGCUGCAGCCUUCUUCCCCGCAUGUGAGGGUGUUUCAUGCCUCUGCGCUGGCAGCAGUGGUUACAGGCGGUGCAACUGGGGGUGACACAGGCAAGGCGGGUGUGGGGGGGCUGCAGCCUUCUUCCCCGCAUGUGAGGGUGUUUCAUGCCUCGGCGCCGGCAGCAGUGGUGACAGGCACGACAGGUGACACGGGCAAGGCGGGUGUGAGGGGGCUGCAGCCCGCCCUUGAGGGCUCAAGCGAGCAUGCUGGGGAGGCGGGGCGGUCCAAGCUGGUGGAGGCGUUUCAGAUUCAAGCAGCAUCAGACCCCAUGCGUGGCUUCAUGGUGGCGCUGCGGAAGUCCGAGCUCGGUUUUGAGACCGGCCUUGCGCUGAGGGACCUGCGAGUGGUCAUUUCCGCCCUGCAGAACCAGAUCCCCACUAUCCUCAUCCGCCCACGGGCCAUAGUGGUGAGUCUGGCGCACGUGAGGGCAGUCAUCACAGCCAACCGCGCAUAUGUCCUCAACACCUCCUCUUCCCCACUAUCUUCCCUCUCCUUUCCUGUACUCUCUCCCCACUUCCAACCACUUCCCGUGACUGGUCUCCUUAUUCCCCAUAUCCCCCCUCUACAGAUCCCCACCAUUCUCAUCCGCCCGCGGGCCAUAGUGGUGAGUCUGGCGCACGUGAGAGCAGUCAUCACAGCCAACCGCGCCUACGUCCUCAACACCUCCUCGCCCCGCGUGCGGCAACGACUCAUCCCCACCCUCCUGCGCCGCCUCUCUGCUUCGCGCUCGGCCGCUGCUGCUGCUGCUGCUGGUGCUGGUUCUGGUGGUGGGGGUGCUGGGUGUGAUGUUUGCUCUCCCCCAUCGCCCUCCUCCCCAGCUUCGUUUUCGGGGUCGGAUACGUUUUUCUCGGGUGCUGUGACGGUGUUUUCUGACUGCGGGGGUGAACCUCAGGGGAGUGAGGUGCGUGGAUUGGAGGAGGGAAGGGAUAAGAGGGGGGUGGAGCUAAGGGAGCUGGAACGGGAGGAACAGCUGCAGGAGAGGCAGCAGCGACAGGAAGGGCAGCAGAAGGUACUGGGGCAGGAAUAUGGAGAGGUACAGGGGCAGGGGCAGGGGGAGGGGCAGGGGCAGGGGCGAGAGCAGUGGGGUUCUGAUGUGUGGGGUGGUGAGGAAAGCAGGUGUAGGGAGAGUGGGAGGGAGGUGACGGGAGUGUGUGGGAGAGGAGAGGAUGAUUAUGAAGCGAGGGGGCAUGGAGAGAGAAGGGAGGGAAUUUUCUUAGAAGAGGAGAGGGAGGAGAGGAGAGGGGGUGCUAAAAGGGAUGAUGGGACGGAUGGUGGGAGGACUGAUGAGCGAGAAGAGGAGUGGUGUCAGGGGUGGCAGGAGGAGGUAUCUGAGAGGAGGAGAGAGGAGUGGAGGGCGAGGAGGCAGAGAGAGGAGGAGAGGAGGAGGAACAAGCGAUGGCUGGAGGAUUUGGAGAAAGAAAGCAAGGGAAGGUUCAGUGAAGCUUCGAAUGGAGAGGAGGAGGAGGGGGAGGGGGGGCGGGAGCACGGGGAUGGGCAUUUGAUUGGGAGUGACGGGCAGUGGGAGCGAUACGGGGAGGUGCUUCUGCUGGAGUUGACUCAGAAAGACGGUGUUCUGUUAAAGCCUGGUCAGGCAGGGCAGUUGGGUCAGCCGGGCCAGUUAGGUCAGUCGGAGCAGCCCAGUCUAAUGUCACAAGGGGAGGUGCUUGUAAGGGAGGGUGAGGCGAAGACAAGGCAAAGGGGAGGGGAAAAAGGGGAGGAGGGGAGCAGAGUGGAUGGAGGAAGUGGGGGGUGGGUAAGAAGGGAAACGAGGGAGCAGGAGAAGGCUAAGGGAGGGGAAGAGAGGAGGUGGGUGGAGCAUCUGGAAGGGAGGGGAAGGACGGGAGGAGUAGAGGUUGUGAGGGGUGGAGUGGUGGUUGGGAGUGGUGGAGAGGCGAGUGGAAGGGGUGCUGGAGAGAAGGCCCUUCUAGACGAGGUCGGGGUGACUCUGAAGGUCAAGUACGCGUCCAUAUUCCCGGGCGUGUACCAGGGCUUGAGGGCGUUCGCCGGGGGGCGAGUGCCGUAUGAGCGGGCCAUGGCGGAGCAAGAGGCGUUUCUGAGAGCCAAGAACGAGCUGCUGCGGCUGGAGCGGAGCGCGAAUCAGAUAUGCAACGCCGUCCGGGAAGUGCUGUCGAAUGAUGAGGACAUGGCAGAGAUGUACCUGUCACGAAAAUCGUCGCUCCCCCAUGGGACUGCUAACAGCGCGGAGCACAGCGAGGUGGAGGAGCUGCUGGAGGAUCACCUGAGGCGCAUGGAGGAGGUGGUGGGGGAGGCGGAGCAGCUGCUUUCCAUGUCCGAUGCCACGUCGGAAUACCUCAGAACUGCUCUGGACAGUGCGCGCAAUCAGCUGAUUGAGCUCGACGUGCUUGUCAACAUGGCUACAUGCUCGCUCGCCGUGGGUGGCUCCAUUGCUGCUGUCUUCGGUAAGCAUCUGGUUAUUGAUAGCACCGCUAUCGCGCCAUCACGCAUCGGAUGCCCCCAGAAGCCUUCGUCAGCAGCGGGGAAAUGCAGCAGCGUAAGCAGGCAGCGGCGACGGGUGGGUGGGAGAGGUGUGGUUGCAGCCAGUCCUCCCACGGAGGAGGUUGAGGUGCGGACUGAGCCGUUGACCAAGGAAGACCUGGUCAACUAUCUGCGAUCCGGCUGCAAGCCCAAGGACAAGUGGAGGAUCGGCACGGAGCACGAGAAGUUCGGGUUCGAUCAGAAGACGCUCCAGCCAAUGACGUACGAGCAGAUCGCGACGCUGUUGGAGCACAUUGCGGAUCGGUUCUCGUGGGACAAGAUCAUGGAGGGCGACAGGAUCAUUGGCCUGCGAUCGAACGGGCAGAGCGUGACGCUGGAGCCCGGAGGUCAGUUCGAGCUGAGUGGCGCACCCCUGGAGACAGUGCACCAGACGUGCGCUGAGGUCAACGGUCACCUCUAUCAGGUGAAAUCCAUCUGCGAGGAGGAGCACGUGGGGUUCCUGGGCCUGGGUUUUAACCCGAAGCACACCCUGGAGGAGAUCCCCAUCAUGCCCAAGGGUCGCUACACCAAAAUGCGCAACUACAUGCCCAAAGUGGGCUCACUGGGGCUGGAGAUGAUGUUCCCACUCCCGUAUCUCCCCACCCUCCAGCUGCCCGUCUUCAUUGCUCCAUCCCACUCCACUCACUCCUGCCUCUCCCCCCCACUUCAGGGCCGCUACACCAUAAUGCGCAACUACAUGCCCAAGGUGGGCUCGCUGGGGCUGGAGAUGAUGUUCCGCACGUGCACCGUGCAGGUCAACCUCGACUUUGACUCCGAGCAGGACAUGGUCGACAAGUUCCGUGUGGGCCUCGCACUACAGCCGGUGAACCUCGACUUUGACUCCGAGCAGGACAUGGUCGACAAGUUCCGCGUUGGCCUCGCGCUACAGCCGGUGGCCACGGCCUUAUUCGCCAACUCGCCAUUCCUGGAGGGCAAGCCCAAUGGGUAUCUCAGCUACCGCAGUCGAGUGUGGGAGGACACUGACAAAGACCGCACAGGGGACCUCCCGUUUGUUUUCGAGGACGGCUUUAGCUUUGAACGCUAUGUGGAGUAUGCCCUGGAUGUACCCAUGUACUUUGCCUACCGUGACCAGCGCUACAUCGAUGCCACUGGGCUCUCCUUCCGGGACUUCUUGAACGGCAAGCUCCCAGUGCUGCCAGGUGCCUACCCCACUCUCAACGACUGGGAAAACCAUCUUACCACCAUCUUCCCUGAGGUGCGGCUGAAGCGGUAUCUUGAGAUGAGGGGCGCGGAUGGCGGGUCGUGGAGGAGAAUAUGCGCCCUGACCGCCUUCUGGGUCCUCUGUUCCGCGCUGCACUGUUUGUCUCUUCUGUUGUGUGACGAAAUUUCCGUCCUCAUGUAUGAGGUCACGGCAAGCACAUGCGCUCUUCCCGCUCUCCCCGUUCCUCGCCCCCUUCCAUACCCCUCACCCCUCCCUUCGCUCCCAUCCUCCCCUCACCCACUCUCCCUGUGCGUCUCCUCCCAGGUUGGGUUGCUGUACGACCGACAGGCGCUGGACGAGUGUAAGGCAAUCAUCUCUGAAUGGACGGAGCUUGAGCGCUCUGCUCUGCGCACACAUGUUCCUGAUACUCUCUCCCUCUGCUCCCCCCUUUUCUUCCUUAUCCCCUCCCCCCGCCUCUCACCUCCUCUUGUGAACUUCCUCCUCUGUUUGGUCUCCCUCUCCCCACACAUUCGCAAGUCCCCAACCUCUCCCUCCUUCCGCCCGUCUGCCCAAUCUUCUCCUGCAUGCAUAACCCUCAAAAGCCUUUUGACUUCCCUCCUCCCCCCUCUGCCCUCUUCCAUGCCAUCUCUCCUUUCCCUCCCUCGUGACGUGCUCAAGUUUCCAUCGUUCUCCCCGUCCUUGUCAUCCCCCUCUGCUGUGCCCCGCAUGGCCCUCAAGACGCCCUUCAGGGAGGGGCUGCUGCCAGCACCUGGCCCAGGACCUUGUCAAAUCAGCAGAGACGGAUUGCAAAGACGAGGGUACAGGGAAGGCAAUUUCCUCAAGGAGCUGGAGAACAUCGCUGCUACAGGUGUGACUCCUGCAGAGCGCAUGUUGGAGGCAUACCAUGGCAGGUGGGGGGAGAGCGUGGACCCUAUCUACAAGGAGCUCAUUUACUAG